AUGGUUGAAUCAAAUGCUGGACAUAAUUUGAAACAAGAUUUAGUUGAAAAACAUCGAAAUGUUAUCGGACAGCAGCAUCCUAUUAUUAUUGUUAAUAGUAAUAAAGAUCAAAAUAAAAUAUUCGAGCAAAGUUUUUCGGAAUAUAGUCGUAUUACCAAUCGACCUUUAUAUGUAUUCGAUAAUGUGGAUGAAUGCUGCGAUUUUGUAUAUGAACAAGCAUCUUCUAAUGAAGAAGCCAAAUGCAUUGUGCUAGUACAAGAUCAAUUUGCAAACGAACUUAUUCCUUCUAUUGUUCAUGCGGAACAAAUUGAAGAUAUUAUUAUUCUCAAUGAAAAUCCUCCGUGUCAACAAGAAAGAGAAUCGAUGAGAGAAUAUACCAAAGUACGUGAGUCAACGAAAUCAUAUUUUCUCUAG